GGCGGCGGUGCAGGGCGUUUUUAGCUGGUGCGGGAGCGGGCAUGAGAAGGGGAGGCGCGAGUGCGGUCGUGAGAGGGGGAGGCGCGGGUGUGGUGUCUAUACGUAUGUUUACGUUGGCUUCACCAUCACCACUACGAAUUUUUUAAGUAGUAAAGAGUAAAGAUAGUGAGGAAAAAAAUAAUCUAUACUAUAUAGUAUGCAUGUUAGCUUAGUCAAUACUCAAUAGUUAGCGAUGCUAUUAAACUUGCUCUAACCCGAUGAGUGUUAAUGAGUAAUGACCGGCACAACACGCUAGCACGUGCGGACGAAUUGCGACGGGAAAUCACCAUGGCCGAGCUUCCUCUCUAUCUACUUCUCCUUGCUCUGCUGGUCGCCGUCCCCUUCCUCUGCCUGACCCGUUGGUCGCUCCGGCAUGGCGGCGGCGGCGGCGGCCGGCUGCCUCCGUCGCCGUGGGCGCUCCCUGUCAUCGGCCACCUCCACCACGUCGCGGGCGCGCUCCCGCACCGCGCGAUGCGCGACCUCGCCCGCCGCCACGGCCCGCUCAUGCUGCUCCGCCUCUGCGAGCUCCGCGUCGUCGUCGCCUGCACCGCGGAGGCCGCGCGCGAGGUGACCAAGACCCACGACCUCGCCUUCGCGACGCGGCCCAUCACCCCGACGGGGAAGGUCCUCAUGGCGGACAGCGUCGGCGUCGUGUUCGCGCCCUACGGCGACGGGUGGAGGACGCUCCGCAGGAUCUGCACCCUCGAGCUCCUAAGCGCGCGACGCGUCCGGUCCUUCCGCGCCGUGCGCGAGGAGGAGGUCGGCCGGCUGCUCCGCGCCGUGGCGGCGGCGGCGGCGGUGGCGGCGUUGACGACCCCGGGGGCGACGGCAGCGGUGAACCUGAGCGAGCGGAUUUCGGCGUACGUGGCGGACUCCGCGGUGCGCGCCGUCAUCGGGAGCAGGUUCAAGAACCGCGCCGCGUUCCUGCGGAUGCUGGAGCGGAGGAUGAAGCUCCUGCCGGCGCAGUGCUUGCCGGACCUCUUCCCGUCGUCGCGCGCGGCGAUGCUCGUCAGCCGGAUGCCCCGCCGGAUGAAGCGGGAGCGACAGGAGAUGAUGGAUUUCAUCGACGACAUCUUCCAGGAGCAUCACGAGAGCAGAGCCGCCGCCGGCGCCGAGGAGGACCUGCUCGAUGUCCUCCUGCGGAUCCAGAGCCAAGACAAGACGAAUCCCGCCCUCACCAACGACAACAUCAAGACCGUGAUCAUCGACAUGUUCGUGGCGAGCAGCGAGACGGCGGCGACGUCGCUGCAGUGGACCAUGUCGGAGCUGAUGAGGAACCCUAGGGUGAUGCGCAAGGCGCAGGACGAGGUCCGACGAGCCCUCGCCAUUGCCGGGCAGGACGGCGUCACCGAGGAGAGCCUGCGCGAUCUCCCCUACCUGCACCUCGUCAUCAAGGAGUCGCUCCGGCUGCACCCGCCGGUGACGAUGCUGCUGCCGAGGGAGUGCCGGGAGACGUGCCGGGUGAUGGGCUUCGACGUGCCGGAGGGUGUGAUGGUGCUCGUCAACGCGUGGGCGAUCGGCAGGGACCCGGCGCACUGGGACUCGCCGGAGGAGUUCGCGCCGGAGAGGUUCGAGGGCGUCGGCGCCGCCGACUUCAAGGGGACGGACUUCGAGUACAUACCGUUCGGCGCCGGGCGGCGUAUGUGCCCCGGGAUGGCGUUCGGGCUGGCCAACAUGGAGCUCGCGCUCGCCGCCCUCCUGUACCACUUCGACUGGGAGCUGCCCGGCGGGAUGCUUCCCGGCGAGCUGGACAUGACGGAGGCGUUGGGGCUCACCACGCGGCGGUGCUCCGACCUCCUGCUUGUCCCUGCCUUGCGUGUGCCGCUCCGAGACCAUGAGCGAUAGAUUGCUACAGUAUCAUUUGGAAAUGGAUAAGACAUACAGAAAAAAAAAGAAGGAUCAACUGGAUGUCAUCAUGUCAUCAGUAUAUAUACAGACUCAUACUCUCAUUUGGUGAUGUUUCAAGUGUUAUCUGUAACUUUUAAAUUACUGGGUUUUGUCAUCAUGUAACAUAUUUAACCUAGCAUUGAAUUUGUGGAGGGGAAUGAGUAACUCA